AUGUCACCGUCAUCGUCAUGGUCAAGGACAGUCGUUUUGAUGAGCUCCGACGGAGAAACGUUUGAGAUUUACGAAGCAGAGGCACAGCCAUUACUAGCAAUAAAAAAUUUGAUAAAACCCGAUUGCAAUAAAACCUGCAUCUCUAUCGCCGAUGUCACCAGAAACACCCUCGCCAUGAUCAUCAACUACUGCCGGAUGCACGCCGAAUUCGCCGACAACGAUGACCUUCUAACGUCGUUCGACAGGAUGUUCCUUGACGUAGAUGAUGCGACUCUACAUGAUCUGAAAGACGCCAUUUUAUUUCUGAAUAUCCGGAGCUUGAUUCCUUUGAUAAAUCAAGCUCUCGCUAACAGGAAAAUCAAGGCUAACUCUAAGGAAUACAUCUGCGAUACUGAAAGAUUCAAGAUCAAGAGCAACAUCUCGCAGGAGGAGGAACCGGAGGUCCGCUGUGAAAAUACAUGGCAUUUUGAUAAAAGUAAAACCUUAUAG